ACCUUUAUUACUUGUUCGCUUUAUUGUGUGUGGGUGUACUGAUUGAGGUUAUAGAUCCCGGAGCGAAUUAAAAAUAAUUUAUUAAAUUUAGACGGUCAUGAGGUUUACCAGCCAAUGAAAUUCAUAUUGCAAUGGCUUUACUCGGGGCUCAGCUGGUAAUAACACUGAUAAUGGUAUCAGUGAUACAAAAGCUUGGUAAUUAUUCGUUCGCACGAUGGCUAUUAUGUUCCCAAGGAUUGUAUCGCUAUCUAUACCCAGAUAACAGUGAAUUAAAGGCUUUGGCGGGAGUUCCUAAGGAUAAGCCGAAAGGCAAAAAAGGUGGGAAAAAUGAAUCAAAUGGAAAGCCGGAAACGUUUCACAUACCACGUAGCUUGGAUAUACAGUUAGAGAUCGCUCCAGUUACUCCCUUGGAUGUGGUUCACUUAAGGUUUUACACAGAAUACUUAUGGAUAGUAGAUUUUUCAUUAUACACAGGUAUUGUGUAUAUAAUGUCAGAGAUUUACACAUCAAUAUUCCCUUUGAAAGAUGAAUUCAACUUAAGUAUGGUGUGGUGUCUGCUAGUUGUACUCUUUUCAUUUAAAAUCCUUCUAUCUCUAACAAAGCAAUAUUUCACAAGUGAAGAAUCCAUUGGAGAAAGGUCGACAUGUAUUGUCGCUUUCUGUGUAUUUUUGCUUAUUGCUAUGAUGGUGCUCAUUGUGGAUGAAAGCAACUUGGAGGUUGGUGUGGAUCCAGCAUAUGAUAGCUUCUACGAAAAUGCAUCUAAGUUUCUGGAAAAUCAAGGCUUAGCAUCAGUGGGUCCAGCAUCCAAGUUGAUUUUGAAACUAUCAUUGGCAGUGUGGGCAGCUAUUGUUGGCACUUUAUUUACUUUCCCAGGCCUAAGAGUUGCAAGAAUGCAUUGGGAUUCAAUGAGCGCGUGCCGGUGUCGCGCGAGCGCGUCGCUGUGCUGCGCGGCGGCGCUGGCGCUGCUCUGGCUGCGGCCGGUGGCGCGCCGCUACCUGGCGGGCCGCGUGUUCUCGGGGAUGACGGAGCCGCUAAUGACAGAUCAAGCUUUUGACACACUCCGCCUUGUACUUGUGAUUGGCACAGUAUUGUUCCGAAUCGCUUUAAUGCCUAGACUGCUGCAAUCGUAUCUAGACAUGGCUCAACGUAGACUAGACGUACAAAAGAAGGAGGCAGGCAGAAUAACAAAUAUUGAUUUGCAGAAAAAGAUAGCAUCAGUAUUUUACUACCUAUGUGUAGUGGCUUUACAAUAUAUAUGUCCAAUAAUAAUGUGUCUAUACUUAGCCCUGAUGUAUAAGACACUGGGAGGGUACUCGUGGAGUGCAUUAUUUUACAAACAGGAGGAGAUGAUUGUGGAAGAGAAACCGGUUGUGAAUUUAGAAGGCAUGGAACAAUUUCAAAUGGCUUGGGAAAAUUUAAAAAUGGUGUUUACUGAGGACGUUUAUCGCGGUGUAUUCGGUUUCGCUACCUGGUGGUGCUGCUUUGCGUGGUUCCUUACAACCGCAUUAGGUUCCAUGUACCAAACUUACUUCAGAAUCUCAUGAUCUUCGAUCUAGUCGUA